AUGCAUAUACUCGCCCUCCUAGCACUCUCUGCUUUUUCCUCCGCCACCCGUUCCUGCAGAUGCACAUCGAACGAUUCCUGCUGGCCGUCUGAAAAUGAAUGGAAAUCAUUGAAUACAUCCAUUGACAAUAAUCUUGUCGCCUUACGCCCAUACGGUAGCCCGUGCCACGCCCCAAGCUACAAUGCUACCCUAUGCGCCACAGUCAACAGCAACCCCAACACAAACUCCGUCUUUCGCGCGUCUUUGCCAGCAGCCCUACAGUAUCCCAAUUGGGAAACACUCCCUUCCGCUAAUGAAAGCUGUUUGGUCGGCACAAGCGUGGAUAUCCCUUGUGGUCAGGGUCGAGUGUCUUUGUACUCUGCACUUGUUAAGCAGGCGUCACACGUUCAGGACGCAGUGCGUUUCGCCACGAAGCAUAACCUUCGUCUGGCAAUCCGAAAUACCGGCCACUCCUAUCUUGGAACUUCAUCUGCUCCCGAGUCGCUACAGAUCUUCACUCAUGGACUGAACAGCAUCACCGUUACAGACUCCUUCACUCCGAUUGGGGCACACCAUAGCAGAGGCUCCGCAGUCACCAUUGGCGCAGGUGUGAUGCUUAACGAUUUGUACCAAGUCUUGUCAGAACACAAUGUUCUCGCCGUUGCUGGUUUAUCACCGAGUGUUGGAGCUGCCGGCGGUUAUGUCCAAGGUGCCGGGCAUUCGCCUUUGAGUCCGCUCCUCGGUCUUGCUGCCGACAACGUCCUACAGUUUACCGUUGUCACCGCUCAGGGUGAACUUAUUAUUGCAAACGACUAUCAGAAUGCAGAUCUCUUCUGGGCACUCCGAGGCGGAGGGGGCGGAACCUUUGGGGUAGUCGUUGACGCAACGUUCCAAACAUCCCCCGACAUGCCAGCAUACAUACAAUUUUACAAGCUGGUAACUACCAACGAGACAACAUUUUGGAAUUCUAUCACAAAGUUCCACUCGCUGAUUCCGCAUAUCAACGAUGCUGGUGUUUCCGGCUAUUACUCCCUGAAUCGUCCGUCCACUCCAACGACUGAAUACAUGCUCGGAGGGUUUUUCAUAUUCGCCAACUUUACCCAGGACCAGGCUAACGAUAUGCAGCAUAUUCUGUCGCCGUUGGUAAGCACUCUACAGAAGGAAGUCGGCGAUGGACUAAUUGUCCCUCCGGCCAACUACAGCAACUCCAUGCACACAUUUCUCCGGUACUAUCAGCAAGUGACCCCCGAUCCAACAGGGUUUAUUGACCGAAUCGGAUCCCGCCUCAUCUCAAAGGACUUGCUAAACUCUUACAAUGGGCCCUCGGAACUCACCGCCGCGCUGAAGCACGCCUCCACCGGGACCAUUAGUGUGUUGGGCCACAUUGUAGCGGGCGGUAAGGUAUCGCGCAACAAGAACAUGAAUGCCGUGAAUCCUGCCUGGCGCCGGGCAGCGACUCACCUCGCUCUCUCCUGGUCUUGGCCACUGAAUGCCACCGUCGCCUACCAAGAGGCGGUCACCUCAAACAUCACGCACGAGUGGAUGCCUGUGCUGCGUGACCUAGAACCAGACAUGGGCGCGUACGUUAAUGAGGCCGACGCCGACGAACCAGGCUGGCAAAGGUCGUUCUGGGGCGCAAACUAUUUACGCCUCCGUCAGAUAAAGGCCAAGUGGGAUCCGCUUGACCUGUUCAUAGUGCGGCGUGGCGUCGGCAGUGAGGCCUGGGAUGUGGAGGGCCUGUGUAAGCCGAGCGACUGCCAGAGGUGA